AUGCCCUCCGCCACUCGCCCCAACAUGCCUCGCCAAUUGAGCACCACUUCUGGUGACUACGACCUGUCCUACACGCCCGACGUCCGCAAAUCUCUCGGCACAUAUGGCCUCACCCCUCCCGCCGUCGAGAGCUUCGAUGUCCAGACCGAGCGAUGCCUCCGCCUCCUGGCCAUGAAGUCGACGCCCAUUGAGAAAUUCCAGUACCUCGUCCACCUCCGCGCCACAAACGUCCACCUCUUCUACAGACUGCUUGGCGAGAACAUCAAGGAAUUGACUCCUCUCAUCUACACCCCGACCGUCGGCGAGGCUUGCGUACGAUGGCACGAGAUUUGGACCCAGCCCGAGGGCAUGUACCUCUCAUGGAGCGACCGAGGCAACCUCCGCAGAAUCCUCGACAACUGGCCACACGAGGUCGACAUUACUGUCCUCACAGAUGGUUCUCGUAUUCUGGGUCUUGGUGACCUGGGCGUCAACGGCAUGGGUAUUCCCGUCGGCAAGCUGGCUCUCUACACUGCUUGCGCUGGUAUCCGCCCCGACGGCACCCUGCCCCUUACCCUCGACUUGGGAACCAACAACAAGACUCUUCGUGAGGACCCGCUCUACAUGGGCUCCAGGAUGCCCAAGGUCACUGCUGAGCAGGAGAAGGAGUUCCUCGACGAGCUCAUGGCCGCUCUUACCGACAAAUGGCCCAGCAUCGUCAUCCAGUUUGAGGAUUUCAAGAACCCCUUCCCCGCUCUGGAGCGCUACCAGAACCAGUACGCCAUGUUCAACGACGAUGUCCAGGGCACUGGUGCCGUCAUUGUCGGCGGUUUCAUCAACGCCGUCAAGGCGUCUGGUGUCCCAGCCAGGGAGCACAAGGCCAUCUUCCUCGGCGCUGGAAGUGCUGGUGUCGGUGUUGCCAAGCAGAUUGUCGAGUACUUCAUCAAGGAGGGUCUGACAGAAGACGAGGCCCGCCGCAAGUUCUGGUUCGUUGACUCCAACGGACUCGUCACCCUCGACCGUGGCGACAAGCUGGCUGAGCACAAGGUCUACUUUGCCCGUGACGACAACGGUGGCCGCCAGUACCAGUCGCUCAGCCGCCUCAUCGACUACGUCAAGCCCACGAUUCUCAUGGGUCUGUCCACCAUUGGCGGUGCCUUUAACAAGGACAUUCUCGAGAAGAUGGCUAGUCUGAACAACCGGCCCAUCAUCUUCCCUCUCUCCAACCCCUCCAGCAAGUCUGAGUGCACAUUCGAGGAGGCUGUCCUCGCAACCGAGGGCCGCUGUCUCUUCGCGUCUGGCUCUCCUUUCCCCUCGAUGGAGUAUGGCGGCAAGACGCUCACCCCCGGUCAAGGAAACAACAUGUAUGUGUUCCCAGGUAUCGGACUGGGUGCCAUCAUCUCCAAGUCUGUGUCGGUCACCCAAGACAUGAUCUAUGCUUCUGCCGAGUCGCUCGCCACCUCGUUGAACAAGCAAGAGGUUGCCGAUGGCUGGUUAUACCCCGACGUCCGCCGUAUCCGUGAGGUCUCGGUCGUCGUGACGCGUGGUGUCAUUCGCGCUGCCCAGAAGAACGGCGUUGACCGUGCUACCGAGCUGCGAGGCCUGACGGAUGAGCAGCUUGAUGACUUCAUCAAGCAGAACAUGUACGACCCGUACACGGAGCACCAGUACUUUGACCGUAAGCUGUCUCAACUUGUCUCCAGCGAUAAACUUAACGGAACUAGCGUCGGUGUAACAGAAGUCACAAACGGUAUUGCUCACCUAUAA